AAUCCCUAAUUUCUAGAGAGGAUGGGAAGUAACCGUCCUAGGAACUUCCGGCGGCGCGGGGACGACGGCGGCGAUGACGAAAUCGACGGUAAAGCUGCUACCGCCGCGACGAAACCGUCUCCGGCGAAACCUAAAAAACUCCCAGCGUCUGACACGAAGAAGAAGCUCCUCAGUUUCGCCGAUGAUGAGGAAGGGGAAGAAGACGGACCUCUCCGCGUGACUGUAAAGCCUAAGAGCAGCGGCAGAGACAGAAGCAAAUCGUCUUCGCGUCUAUCUUCUCACAGACUCAACUCUUCCACCAUCGAACAUCGUCCUUCCUCUUCCUCCUCCAACGUGCUUUCCCAGGCCGGCUCUUAUACGAAAGAGGCGCUGCUCGAGCUACAAAGGAACACACGGACGCUUCCGUAUUCUCGACCUAGUGCAAGUACCGAGCCGAAGGUAGUGCUCAAAGGUUUAAUCAAACCUCAGGAGGAGCAGGAGAGCCUGACGGAUGUGGUUAGACAGGUUUCGGAUUUGGACUUCGAUGAGGAAGAUCGGCCUGACGAUACGUUUUUCGAACAGGCGGUGAUCGAAGCUAGAGCCAAGAGGGAGAAGAUGAGGCAGCCACGUUCAACACCAGCACCUGAUUUCAUAUCACUGGAUUGCAGUACCACGAAUCGUUCUGCUGUUGAAGUGCUUAGCGAUGAGGAUACUGACUUUCAAGGAGGUUUCAUCAGUGCAUUGCCUCACAAAGGUAAUGGGAAAGCUGUGUUUACAGCUAAUGAGUCCACGAUUAGUAGCUUAUCUGAGGAUGAAGAUGAGGAAGAGAAGUUGUGGGAGGAGGAGCAAUUAAAGAAAGGUAUUGGUAAAAGAAUAGAUGAAGGGACUAAUAGAACUGCAACUAGCGAUGUGCCUUUGCAUCCACAACAGAAACCGCAGAUGUAUGCUUAUCAUGCCGGGAUACCUCCUGGUUCAGGGCCUCCCACCAUUGGUCCAGCUAGUAGUGUCGAUACGUUACCAAUGUCACAACAAGCCGAACUUGCCAAGAAGGCGUUGCAAGAGAAUGUUAAGAGGCUUAAGGAAUCUCAUGCAAAAUCCGUAUCCUCGCUUGCCAAGACGGAUGAUAAUUUAACAGCUUCGUUGAUGAGUAUCUCAUCUCUUGAAAGUUCUCUAUCUGCAGCUGGAGAUAAGUAUGUCUUCAUGCAAAAACUCAGAGGCUUCAUUUCUGUUAUUUGCGACUUCAUGCAGGAAAAGGGUUCCUUCAUUGAGGAAAUUGAAGAUCAGAUGAAGGAACUUAAUGAAAAACAUGCUUCAGCUAUUCUAGAAAGGAGAGUUGCAGAUAACAAUGAUGAAAUGGUAGAGCUAGGCGCCUCCGUGAAAGCAGCAAUGGCAGUUCUAAAGCAAGGAAGCAGUACUUCAGUGAUCGCUGCUGCCACAAGUGCUGCGCUGGCUGCCUCUGCUUCUAUAAGACAGCAGGCCCAACCAGUUAAGCUUGAUGAAUUGGGCAGAGACGAAAACUUGCAGAAGCGCAGGGAAGCGGAACGGAGGGCUGCAGCACGGCAGAAAAGGCGAGCUCGAUUUGAAAAUAAACGUGCAUCUGCCAUGGAGAUUGAUGGAUCUUCUCUGAGAAUAGAAGGAGAAUCAAGCACUGAUGAGAGUGACAGCGAGACUUCAGCAUAUAAGGAAAUCAGAGACAAGAUACUUCAAUGUGCUGAUAAAGUCUUCAGUGAUGCAUCUGAGGAAUAUUCCCGGCUUUCAAGGGUGAAGACGAGAUUUGAGAAGUGGAAGCGAGACUAUUCAUCUACUUAUCGUGACGCUUACAUGUCUAUGACCGUUCCUUCCAUCUUUUCGCCUUAUGUACGCUUGGAGCUUUUGAAAUGGGGUCCUCUUCAUCAAGAAGUGGAUUUCUUUGACAUGGAGUGGCAUGGGUUAUUGUUUAGUUACGGGAAGCCAGAAGACGGGGAUGAUUUUGCACCCGAUGAUACUGAUGCCAACCUUGUCCCUCAGCUAGUGGAGAAGGUUGCGAUUCCUAUAUUGCACCAUCAGAUAGUUCGUUGUUGGGAUAUACUUAGCACCCGGGAGACAAAAAAUGCUGUUGCUGCUACAAGCUUGGUGACAAAUUAUGUUUCUGCUUCAAGCGAGGCUCUGGCAGAACUAUUUGCUGCUAUUCGUUCUCGUCUUGUUGAAGCCGUAGCAGCUAUUACGGUUCCGACAUGGGAUCCUCUGGUAUUGAAGGCUGUACCCAAUGCUCCACAAGUUUCAGCAUAUAGGUUUGGGACAUCAGUCCGUCUUAUGAGAAAUAUAUGCAUGUGGAAAGACAUCAUGGCGCUUCCAGUGUUGGAGAACUUGGCUCUGAGUGAGCUUUUGUUUGGCAAAGUCCUACCUCAUGUCAGAAGCAUUUCAUCAAAUAUCCAUGAUGCAGUCACAAGAACUGAAAAGAUCGUUGCUUCUUUGUCUGGAGUAUGGACAGGACAAAGCGUCACAAGAACUCACAGCCGGCUGUUGCAACCACUUGUAGAUUGUAUUCUGACACUUGGAGAAAAUCUCGAGAAACGGCAUGCCUCAGGACUGGAUGAUGCGGAAACCACGGGUCUUGCCCGCAGGUUGAAGAGAAUGCUAGUGGAGCUCCACGAACACGAUCACGCCAGAGAAAUUGUCAGAAUAUUCAAUCUCAAGGAGGCAGUAUUCAAUCCAGAGACAGAAGUGAGAGGCAACAUGUCCAACAGCUCAAACUCAUCAAAUCGUGGCACUUCAAGUAUAAAACAAUAGCCAAAAGAGCGUCACUACAUGCAUAUAGUUUGUCUAAGAAAACAAUAAAAGGUGAUGGUGAUAAAGAGGAUACAGAGGCAUCUGAUGCUGGUGUUGAAGUGAGGGUGACUAGAUGUUCUUAUGCUGAGAUGUCUUCGCUGGAGGAGAGAAAGUUGAUGCCAUAUAUGCUCUUUCUUGUGCCUAACGUCAAAGAAACAAUGGCUGGUGCAGUGCAGUAAAAUACUGAGAUUUUUGGAAGAGAGUUAUAGAUACACAGCAGCAUGAUCUUAGUGAAAGCGUAACAGAAACUAAUGCUUCGUCACUCUAUUCAAAGACAACUACAUGUCACGAAUGUUGUUGUUGGACUGUCAAUGACUGUUACAAUUAUCUACAUACGUAUGGGGAGCUUUUGUUCCAACCGUGGCAGGAGUCUGAAGUUAGAUUGGGUGCUCAGUUAGGCAGAGUUCAACAUGACAAAGAUGCAUUAUUAAUGACACGGUUUCUCUUUGAGGAAGGGAAACUUCCAAGUGACGACAACAUAAAUGGAGAUACAGGAAACACCAAAUUGUUUCAGGGUUGUACAACUAGUUCUCCAUACUCUUCUUGGGCACAAUGAGAGUUUUCUAUAUCUCGUUGGUGUCCUGUACUGUUUAGAGCGUGUUCCAUUUUGAAUAUUGGGCAACAGAGAGACGAUGAUGAGGGGUAACAAGACAGAUUAUCACCAAGCAGUUUCAGAACUAGAGUGGUUGGGUUGGUCUCGUUCUGAGUUUAAUAAUAUACAUAUCUCUGGAGACAACUGUCUGGAACUAUGGUUGAAACUCUCGGGUAAUUUUAGCAGUGUAGAUAUGAAAGAACAAUCUGAUACAAAGCAUCAAAUACUCAAAGCUCCUGUUGUGCAAAUACAGAGGCUUCUCUUUGGCCAAUUACAAGGAGAUUGAUGCAAACACUGAGUCUGAUGGAGCAGUCAAAAACGUAUGGUUACUGCAACAAUCUGGUGAAUGCACUAAAUGUUCAGUGAAUGCAGAUUUUUCUGAAACGUGUGAGAAUGGUGAUGCAACAUCUCAUGAACCGAAAGAUGUGUAAGAAUUGGUGGUUUGUUUCACUGAUGAAAGUGACUGAGUCAAGCCUUGCGUCUAUCUUACUUGAUUGUGAGAUUAUGUUUACUUGAGAGUUUGGACAGCUUGACAUGACAUCUUCCUUUGCUAUACUCUGGCUGGAAGAAGUCCAUUUCUCUGAGUGACAUGAUGGAAGGAACAACACAAGGAACCACAUUAGCCUAUCACAGUCUCUGCUACAACUCGUUUUUAAACAGUAAAUAUUUCCUUUUCAGAUUCAUGAGCUUUCUUCAUAUCUCCCAUCUUAGUCAUGACAAAAAAUAUUUAACAAAAACUUUUGGCAUGUAGAACAACUUCAUUAUCUCGGUUACAUGCUAACCAAAAGAUUUGCAUGCAACCAAAAUUUAAAGUAAAACA